AUGUCUUUGGCAAUGAUUGAGGCCUUGGAAUUUAGUUUUCAGUUUGUCGACAAUGCUGACGGGGACUUUUCGACUCGAAAGUGGCUUUCCUCUUCCUCGCUGUUUCAACAAAAUGUCCUUGCUGCAGGGGAUAUCUUGGCCGCCAAAUUCGCUUCAGAUGCCACCAUCACCGUCCAAGUGGAAGCUUCCAACGACGUUGCCCGAUUAGGUGGAACAUGCGCCAAUUGUGAUUAUCUGGGUACUGAUUCCCAAGGAAGGAACAUGUUCCAGCCGGCACCCUUGUCGACCAUCUUGUUGGGUGAAUCCGUUUGCCACCCGGAAAUGUUCCUACGAGUCAACUCUUCGUUUGUCGAAACGCACUACUGGUUCGACCCCACUCCCUCCGUCCGUGGGGACAACUUUGGCGCUGGUGCCAAUCAAGCUUCCUUUGUCUGGAUUAUUCUGCAUGAAAUGGGUCAUGCCCUGGGGAUGCUGGGAAAUUUGGUCACAGACACGACAUCACCGGAUUAUGGAACCAUUGUGACAGACUUUGUCACACCCUUUGAUGACUUGAGUGUCUUUGAGGGUGGCGUGGAGCAAGCCUUGGAUAGCAAUGGGGAUCCAAGGCCACUAUUCUUCAAUGGCACUAUGGCUCAACAGGUCUACGGGGGGGCCGUCCCUCUGGCCAACAUUGUGCCCGAUGGCUAUUACACAUCCCAAAACUUUUAUCACUUUGGUGAUAAUGGAGAUCCGACACUGGAGCAUACGCUCAUGAAUUGCUGCCGAACACCUGUCGGAGAUGAUCCCUGGGAUAUUUAUUGUCUCGACAUGGCCGUGCUGGCUGAUUUGGGCUACCCCAUCGCAUGUUCUGGGUCGGUCGGUUGCGACAUACCCUGUAUCUCCACCAACAGCAGUGCGAACGAAAAUCAACCAACAAAUAAAUCCUUUGAGCAACGCGACCUUGAAGGGUUCCCAGAUGCGACAACUGAUAGAAACGGAGCUUGUACCGAUCAUGUCGUUGUCUACAAUGUGGCUGUGGAUAUUCAGAUGGAGUACCCUGGUGGUACUAAAGAGGACUGCAGCACUGGCGAACAAGAAAACAUUGACGCGGCCAUUGCCACAGCACUCAACGGAAACUUCGUUACCACUGUCCCUGAUUGGGAUGGAGUAGUUGGAUUUGGACCCAUUACAUUCGAUUCCAGCCAGGCAGUAGAUAAUACAGCAGGAGGUCGUCAGAGGAGAACUCAAGAGAGCCGCAUGUUGGAAAGUGCUUGUAAACAAACACGAGGUAUUGAUUGUUUGGGUGACUACUGCAGCUGGGGAUGUCUCCUGGCCCCUUCGACAUCAUGCAAUAUCAACGCGCUGACCAACUGGGCCAAUCUUGCUGAUGACAUCAAAGUGGCCUUGUUGGCUCUGAACUACAACUGUCUUGGCAUGCAGAACAAGUUGGGUGUCAACUUGCUGGUUAACGACGGCACUGGAAGUGUCACGCCAGGUGAAAGAAUCGAUGCCGACAAACUCUUGGAUGGAUUGGGUAUCAACCGCCUGUCAGGAUCCAACUUGGACUCGACCACCACUACCGGCAGUGAAGAGAUUGACUUGACAGAUUGCAAGGAUCUCAAGAUCAAUGCACAGUUCACGGUAGACUUUUUUGGUGGCACAGGCCGCUCACCAUCGGCCGAUGACCUGGCAUCACUCAUGGCCAACACUAGGAAUUACGUUCGUGACUUGUUGGAUUCCAUCAAUGAAUUUAAGGAUCUCGUCUGUGAUGUGCAGUUGAACCACCCCAUUCCAGACUACGAUACCGCAAACGCAGAUUCACUCAAGGUGCACGUCACAAUCAAUUCCUGGGUCAAGAACAGCUCCAGAGGAACCACCUCGCAAGCACUGCAGAAGAUUGCUGGAUCUGGCUGGGAUACAUAUGUUGCAGACUAUGCCCGAAACGUUGGGGAUGAGUUCAAUGAAUUUGCGAAUACAUUCAAGAUUCACUUUAGGGGCGUAGCCAAGAAAGGGUUCUCGAAGAGUGUAGAUCCCUGGCAACACCACUUUUUUAGAGAUGCAUACUGA